AUGCUGAGUCGGGCAAGAACUUCAGGUCUGUGCCAUGGCUGUCGCCAGGAUUUCCAGAUCCUCUUCGAAAAUGGAUUCUGUGGUCCGGCUGUCACCCUGAAGAAGCGAACGACGCCACUACCCCUGCCAUGGCGAAGGACUUUCGCACCGCGACAACAUCUCCGAUCUUUCUCUAGGAAAUCUUCUCUUUUCCAACCACACUCUCCUCAAGAGUCCGAUCCGCGAAAGAGCCAACUUGAAAGUGAACAUAAGUCAGCAGUUGACGUCGACAAUGAACAGCUGGAGGUAUUGCAAGAACUGGAAAAGGCCCUGGGGCGGCCCAUAAAUGAAGCAAUUGACGAAGACCGAGCGGGACUUAUAUCCAUACAAGAGAUAUUUCCAGACAAGCAAACAGACCUCGAUGAUGACCCAGACAUUGCCAAUGGCACAAUUGAUCCGCUUGCAGGCUUGCGAGCCUCCGGUGCGUCCGCUGAAGACAUCGCACGAGAGGCGAGGCAGAUAUACGGGGACAGGCUCCCUUCCAUUGCUCUGGGCACCGAGGAGUUGAAGAUGUACAAACGACUCUAUGGAAACCCUAUUUCAGCAUCUUAUGAGGAAUUCCUGGACGAGGAGGAAGCAAGCACUGUUGCAGAGAUCCGAAACCAGCUCUUGGACCAACAAGGCGAGCCUAUAGAUUAUGACCCAGAACCAGGCGUCUUCGCACGACUGGAGACCAUCAAGGAGGAAGAGCCUGCCGAUAAUAUCCCAAAACCUGCGCAGGGAGGCAUUGACCUCGGGGUGACCGGCCAGCACAAUCCAGCCCUUUCGUCGUCUGCUGAAGAAAGAGCUGCGGAAAUAGCUCUCUUGCUUAACGGCGAGGUCGUCGCAGACUUUGGCGCCGAGGAGGAUCAGCAGGAGGAACUUGAGGAGGAUGGGCAAGAGCAGAGCAUGCGACAGCAUCCGUUCACUCGGCUUGGAAAGUUCGCAACCACCCCCAGCAGCGUCCUCCUUUCCCAAGAAGACUUUGUGCAACCCGUUCAAAAAAUCAUGAGUGCCUUCUCCAAUAAACAUCUGAAAGAGAUGUGCGAGAAGACCUUUGGAGGACCCGGCUUUCCUGACUCCCCAUUGACACCCAGAUCAGGACGGUCGAGACCCCAAUUACCCAUCCCCCUUGAUGCUUCCCAACAUCUUAUGGGUGAGAUGGAAGCGAACGCAUUCAUCACCACCAUCAUGCCGCCCACAUAUGCUGCCAUCAUGUCCGUUCUAGUCGAGACACGCAAGCGACUAGGCACCACAUGGCUGAACAACCUGUUCGCGAAAGAAGGCGGACCCCGAGUGCUUGAUGCUGGUGCAGGGGGUGCAGGUAUCCUGGCCUGGCGAGAAAUUGUCAAGGCGCAUUGGGACUCGUUACACUCCUCUGAUCGUGACCCCAUCCCUCCACCUCCGCCAACGAAAGCUGUCGUCCUCACCGGUUCAGAUACAUUAAGACAUCGGGCGGCCACGCUUCUCGAGAACACAACUUUCAUUCCACGCUUGCCUGACUACGUACAUACCCGCGAUGCGCCCACUCUGGAAGACGAGCGACCUGCUCAACAACGGAAGCAGUUUGACAUCAUUAUCGCACCUCAUACGCUGUUUGGGCUGCAAGAAGAUUACAUGAAGAAGCAACAUGUGCAGAACCUUUGGUCAAUGCUUAGCCCCGAAAGCGGCGUUCUGAUCAUGAUCGAAAAGGGCAUCCCUCGCGGCUUCGAGGCAAUAGCUGGCGCGAGAGAGCUGCUUCUCGAGAGGUACAUUGCAGUUCCGGAGGGGCGAGUGACGGCAUACAGCAAGUUGCACAAUGAUACAGAAGACCUUCACACGAGAGAAACGGGUAUGAUUGUCGCGCCAUGUACGAAUCAUGAAAAAUGCCCAAUGUAUAAGAUCCCUGGCCUCUCAAAGGGUCGGAAAGAUUUUUGCAGUUUCCAGCAACGGUACAUACGGCCCAGCUACCUGCAACGAGUUCUUGGAGCCAAAGAUCGCAACCAUGACGACGUGGAUUUCUCGUACAUUUCAGUGAUGAAGGGAGAAGAUCUGCGGCAGCGACAAGUCCACUCGUGGCGAGGGCUGGAAGAUUCUCUAUCUACCCCCCUCCAUCCCGACCCGCAGCGUGCGGCAGAAGAUUAUCAGAACUGGACUCAGCUUUCUCAGGGCGGCUUUGAGGAUGUCCAGCCAACAAGCAACCUCGCUGAUGCUCCGUCAAUAUUCACAGACGCAGCCAAAGCUCCUUCGACUCUGCCCUCCACGCACAACCUCCCACGUCUGGUUUUUCAACCCAUGAAGCGUCGGGGCCAUGUCCUUCUCGAUGUUUGUACGCCGUCGGGGAAGAUUGAGCGCUGGACCGUCCCAAAAUCUUUCUCCAAACAAGCCUAUCGCGACGCGCGGAAGAGCCAAUGGGGCGAUCUGUGGGCUUUGGGUGCUAAGACACGCAUACCGAGGACGCUCAGGCUUGGUGGUGAAGAUACGAAAGAGGCGAGGAAGGCGAGAGGACGCAAGGAGCGGUUGAAGCAGCAGGCCGAGGAGUUGAUGGAAAAGAUGCAUGAAGAGCAGUUGGAGGAGAUGGAAGACCGAAAGGAGAUGGAGAAGGCUUUCAAAGAGGGGAGAAUUCCAGGUGAAAAAGACGACUAUGGUUUCGAAGAUCCGGAGGCUUAUGGAAGGAUGACGUCUCGGCCGGGCAGGAUCAGGCGUGAAAAAUCAUCCAGCAGCGGUGUUGAGAGUUUCAGGAUUGAGGAGGAUUUCGACAUGGAUGCAGUGAACCCUCCUCUCUUCCCACAAAAGACACACACUCCGACUCCCACUCCGACCUUGACUAUGGAUGUGCCUCGACACCCUUCGUCGAAGCCAUCGCCACAGUCUGCCACCGCAUCGGCAACAGCAAACCACCCGCAAGACGAGCCCCUCCAGGGAGAAGGAGACCUCACAGCUGAAGAACUCCAAACUCUUCAGGAGUGGAACGAACAACUCCAGGGAGGAGAGGCGGGCACUGGUAUCCCGACAAAAGGGGGGAGAUCCAUCAGACAAUAUUCCAAGUUCGCGCCGAGGGGUAUGAAGACGGUGGCGAGGAAGAGCGGGAAAGUUAGGUGA